AUGACGGAACAACCGGUAUCAGUCCUCUUUGUCUGCCUCGGCAACAUUUGCCGCUCGACAAUGGCAGAAGGCGUGUUUCGCAACUUUGCGCAAAAGCCUCAGUACAAGGGCCUCAUCUCAAAGGUGGAUUCUUGCGGCACAGCGGCCUACCAUGUCGGCGAUCCUCCAGAUGACAGAACUAUGGCGACGCUCGAAGACCACGGCAUAACGGAUUACUACCACGCUGGUCGCAAGGUGUCGCCCUCAGACUUUAACAAGUUCGACUACGUCUUCGCUAUGGACCGAUCCAACCUACGAGACCUCCAAAACCUACAACAACGAGGCCACACCGAUUCAAAGGCCAAGGUGAUGUUAUUUGGCGAGUUUUCAGGAGGACCGAGGUCGGAGGUGGUCAACGAUCCUUACUACGGUGGCGACGAGGGCUUCGCAAAGGCUUAUGAGCAGUGCACGCGGUUCUCGACCAACUUUUUAAAGCACGUCUUCCCCAAUGUCGACCCUAAAGCAUAG